CUGAAAAUCUCAGUUUUCAAAUCCAGUGAUCGGAUUGCAUGUCAUGCUGAUUGCCGUAAAUGCCGGCAUACAACGGUCAAAUGAUCAGAUUUUUAGACUUUGUUCAUGUGUUAGCUAGGUGUAGAUGGUGACUGCCCUCUCAAAUUUGCAUUGACUGGUGGAUGGAGGUGUGACUGAUGAAAGAUUGUUGGACUUUACGUAUACAUAUAUAUACGCAUGAGAUUCACAUAAACCAAACUGUUGUUUUUCUCUCUCGGGAGCUCUGGUAGUGGUAGUUUUCAUCGGUCUGUCGGUAGUCAUGGAUCCACCUCCACCCGCUGGUGGCGGAUUUCUGGAAUCACCAGAAGCACCGCUGCUGGCACCGGCACCGCCGCCGCCUCCCGCUGGUGGCGGAUUUCUGGAAUCACCAGAAGCACCGCUGCUGGCACCGGCACCAGCAUCGGCACCACCGCCGCCGCCACCCGCUGGUGGCGGAUUUCUGGAAUCAUGGUUGUCGUUUCUGUGCUGCUGCGGUCUAUUCGCAAGCUGCUGCCCUCCGCUGUUCGAGCCGGGGCCUCCGCCUCCGUAGAACUACAUUACUUAGACUACAAAUUUCAAGUGGGUUGUGUUCGUGAGGAAAAUAGGACAAAAUGUUGAUUGACAAGUUUAUUUUUCUUCUUGUCCCUCGGGUUGUAUUUGGAGGUUGGAUCUAGGGAGGAAUUUGUGGGUAUAUGCGGAAAACGUCAGUUGAUUUGGGAUUUUUUAUUCUCUUUGUUGCACCACACUGUUCAACAAUUCGACUCCAUUGAUUAAAUCAUGGAACUGGUAAUGUGUCUGACAUCAAUUUUCCUUUUAUA